UUUUAUCUCCAGAUACAAAGUGAAAGUAAACUAUACUGUCAACUGAAAAAGGGGAAGGGCUCAACUAUUUAAUAGGUAGAGGCAGCACACGACACUCAACUCAGAAGAAGCUAUAGACAGACAAACUUACAUUUACAAGAUGGGAGCAAUCUACAGUUAUUUCUACCCAGAGUAUUCAGAGGAAACCACAGUUGUCCCUCAAAGUGAGACCACUCAGGACACAUUGGUUACGGACAGGUCACCAGGGCAACAAUGUGAUAAGGCAAAGACAGGUGAUUUCGAUGUUGAACCUCAAUCCGAGAGUUCAGACAGAGAGGCGGGACAAUCCAAUGAAAACACAAAGUGUACAACACAGGUUACAAACAGGUCACCAGGGCAACGAGGUGAUAAGACUAACACAGGGAAUAUCCUGGCGGGAUCCCCAAGUGCCUUUGGUGCUGAUGAUAACAUUGAGGAUGUGGACAAGUUAAACGUCUAUGUGAAAUGUGCAGGAAAGACCCUGGAUAUAGAGGUGUUCCCUCUGGAGAAAAUCGCAGUUCUGCUGGAAAAUGGAUGUCAAAAGGCAGGGAAGAACCCCUUAACAAUGCGCUUGUUUACAAUGGACUUUGAAUGGCCCCACAAAUCGCGGACCCAGCUUCCGGCAGGGCAGGCGGAGGGACAAGUUCCGGGUCGAGAGCUAGACUCUAUCCCCUGGUUUGAAUACGGGGGCCUCACUGCGGCGGCGGUCAGCGCUCUCCUUGUGCCGUCCUAUAGCUUGUUUCAGGCACUCCUGGAAAGCACUCCAGGUCUCCCUCGAGCGCUGGACCAAUUCCUCCACCGCAGGAGCCUGCGUCUGGCUCUGAUGCCAUGGCACCAGGACCGGCUGGUAACCUAACACCACCUGGAAAGGCGACAGGUUAGUAGAGGAAUGACGCAGAGAGUUCUGCGCCAUCUCAGCCCAUGGCACGAACCUCGCCCACUCCCCCGGCCGGUCCUGGCAAUAGGACCGCAGGAACCUGCCCACAUCCUG